CUUGUCGCGGGGUCCAGUUGGGAUUGGUGACCAGAUCGGACAUACCAAUUCUUCCAUCAUCAAUAGAUGACAUUUCAAGAUGGCAGCGGCCGAAACGCCGACAUCUGGGCGACACUCACCGGCGUGUAUAAGGGUGGGUCAGCCCCGGAACAGGUGUACGGGAUUAUCUAUGUUUCCGGCUUGAACAGGACCUUUAACAUCACCCCGACGGCAGCCAAUAUUGGGUUUGAAUACCCAGUGAGCAAGAUCUUCUCUGCAGCUGAUCCAACAAAGCAGUACGACUUCAGCGACAGCAAACCCUUCACCAUCCCGCCAUGCCAACUGGAAUUCUGCAUGUACUAUACGUCACCAGUUAUAAAAUAUAAAAAUAGAGAAGUUCUCGUCCUGGGUGAAUUGGAAAAGUGGGUACCAAUGUCUCACAACAGGAUCGUUAAUGUCACCGUCGGCGACGUCAUCACUGUCCACGUCAAGGGUCAGGCGGGAGAGAGUGUUGAGAUGUGGUUUGCCGAUGAUGUACGGUUCGGUGCUUUGAAAACUAUUAUAGGGACAGACGGCCUGGGUAGUAUCAUAUAUGAAAUAAAAUCUCAUCCUGUUAACAACUCUGACCUCAGAAGAGCUUCAACGGUUGCUGUUGUCAUGGGUAUCCUAGCAACAAUGAUGCUCAUGAUGUAAGACGAAACUGACUGCAUUGUUGCUGGUUGGUCGACACAAGGCCAAAACUCCAUCUCAUCUCAUUGGGUUAAUUCUGUAUUAAUAAGCAGUUACAUUUUGAUGGUAUACUACUUUUUCCUUUAAUGUGACAGAGAUAUCCGUACCGUUCGAUUGGGUGUUUUUGUUCUUUUAAAGCUUGGUGCGGAUUUGAACUGAACCAUUCUGUCCUUCCAAAG